AUGUAUGCUAGGUACAUCCCUCCGUCCGGAGGGCAGAAGCCUCUGCGCAAAAACGAGGAUUCUUCAGCAACGAAACAGUCACCUGCACCAUCUGCUCCUACGACAACGAAUGUGGAUGGACUUUCCUACUCCCGCUAUAUCCCUAGCGCAAAGACCUCGCAGCAAGACGCACUGCCAAUAAUUCAACGGUUCGAAGAUGAGUCGAGUUCUACGACGCCUAAGAGAAAACGAGACGAAGAAGAGCAGCUGCCAGUAUCCGAAAAUAAAAAAUCAAAGAAAUCAAAGAAAGAGAAACAUGAUAAUGAAUCAGAAGAGGCCGAAAGCGCUCCGAAGGAACGAAAGGUGAAAGAAUCAGAGCAGGAGGGAAAGAGGAAGAGGAGGAAAGACAAAAAGAAAAGAGAUGCAUCAGACGAUGAAGACGACGAGCCCACCUCCAACGAAUCAAUAUCUCACCAAAACGAGGCCGUUGUCGACGGGGCAGAUACUGGCGCUCAUGACGAAGAUGCCGAUAUGGUAGAUGAGGAUCCUGCAGCCGAAAGCGACCUAGAAGCCUCUGAGCCUGCCGAAAAGCAAAAGAAGCCACCUAAAAGGGAGAAGAAGAAGAAAUCACAAGACGUUGAUACGGAAGAUGCUCAAGAAGAGGACGAGGACAAACGACACAAAGCCGUCUUUGAACGAAAGGCCAAAUCGCUCAAGUAUUCAGAAAUGAUCAAAGAGCAAGGCAUCGUGGAGGAGCCGGAAGAGCCCACAGAGCUUCAUGGCUUAGAGCCUCUCCCACAGCCCGAGCCCGCCGCACCGAGCACAGCCAAACCCACGUACGAGACACUCCCGCCGUGGCUUGCAGCGCCAAUCCGUGUCUCGCAAGAUACCCGAACUCCCUUUGCGGAUCUUGGUAUCCUUCCAAAAGCAGCUCGAUAUCUGGAGCAAAAGGGAUACACGGAAGCGUUUGCUGUCCAGACAGCGGCCCUGCCGCUACUGCUCCCAACAAACAAACAACAACCAGGUGAUCUCCUCGUUUCAGCCGCGACUGGCUCUGGAAAAACCCUAGCCUAUGCUUUACCCAUAGUAAGGGAUCUAAGCAACAGUGUCGUCACAAGACUGCGCUGCCUUGUUGUCCUACCCACCCGUGAACUCGUCAAGCAAGCACAAGAAGUAUUCGAGCUCUGCGCAAAGGCGUACGAAGGAGAGGACAGGAAGAGGGUGCGCAUUGGCAUCGCAAUCGGCAACCAGUCCUUGGCUUCGGAACAAGAUGUUCUCGUGACCAGAGAGACACGAUACGACCCAGAGGCUUAUAAGCAGCUCGAAGAAGAGGCGUCGCAUAAACCCUCAGCAAGUGCCAGUGAGGAAGACUUGGACGAGCUUCUCACCAGCUCCGACACACGGCGUAUUGACCCUCGUAUUGGGCCUUGGCAGGGCCAAGUCAUCGAUUUCCAUUCCAAGGUCGACAUCCUCAUCUGCACGCCCGGCCGUCUCGUCGAGCACAUCGACCAAACACCGGGCUUCACGCUCUCCUAUAUCCGCUGGCUCGUUGUUGACGAAGCCGACAAGCUCCUUGCGCAAAGCUUCCAGGGAUGGCUGGACGUUGUGCUGGAUAAAUUCAAGGCAAACAGCUACGGCGCCAGGGAUUUCCCCGAUAUGCCUUACUCGGGCGUCCGCAAGAUUCUUCUCAGUGCCACCCUGACCAGAGAUUUGAGUCUCCUGAAUCAGCUCGCCUUGAAGAGGCCGAAGCUGAUCGUCCUGGAAAGCGGUAAUGACGUGCAGGUUGCGGAACAUUCAUUGCCGGAAUUGUUGAGAGAGUAUGCCGUGAGAGUGCAUGACGCGAAUCUCAAGCCGUUGUACCUUCUCGAUCUUUUACGGAGCCGACACAUGGCUGUCGACUGUGAUUCGACCACCAAAUCGGAUGACGCAGCUACGGAAGAACAAUCAGAUUCGGCUUCAGAGACCAGUUCGGACGAUUCAAGCUCUAGUUCCGACUCAGAUUCGGAUUCUGACGAUUCAAAGACUAGUUCAGAUACUGAUACAAGCUCGGAUUCGGAUUCAGACUCAGAUUCAGAUGCAAGUUCAAAUACAAAAGAAAAGAAACCACGCUCUUCGCUGUCCAAUUCACAAAUGCCCAAGGCACUCAUAUUCACAAAAUCCAACGAGGCUGCGCUGCGAUUGUCACGACUCCUCACCAUCCUCGACAAAUCCCUCGACACACAAAUCAGUACCCUCACAUCCACUACACCCACAAGCAUCCGCCGCAAGACCCUACGAGCAUUCACCACUCCUUCUUCGCCCUUACGCCUCAUUAUCGCAUCCGAUCUUGUUGCACGUGGUAUUGAUAUCCCGAAGCUACCACACGUCGUCAACUACGAUCUUCCGCCCAGCGUGGCCGGCUAUGUCCACCGUGUAGGCCGAACUGCUCGAGCAGGCAGGUCCGGAUGUGCCUGGACGCUUGUGGGAGAUGGAGAGAGUGGUUGGUUCUGGGGUAAGAUUGGUAAAGGCGCCGGCGUGAAGAGAGCACAGAAGGUGGGCAGAGUGAUGAUAGAGGAGAUGAACGAUGAUAGAAUAGAAGAGUAUGAGAGUGCGCUAGAGAAGCUAGGCAAGGAGGCGCUCGAGUCACGAAAGAGAUAG